UUGAAAGUGUAAAAACAAUGAAAGAUAUUCCAUCUUCAAAUAUAUCUUAUAAAUCCUUCGGGGGAGGACCGCACAACUUAGGUAAUCCUGAUGAUAAAUCUUUACGUAAAGUAGAAAAAGAAAUUCUCAUACCACAAAAGAUGAGAGAUAGAGCAAAAGAAGAAAAAUGUGUCGAAGAAGUUAAAAAUUUUACAGAAUGUUGCAAAGAUUCUAGUAUUGUGAUGCCGUUUAAAUGUAGAAAUCAAAACACUGCAUUAAAAGAUUGCUUAGCAUUAUGGUAUAAUGAUCCAAAAUUCAAAGAAGAAUGUACAUUAGAUUACUUAGAGGAAAGAAGUGAAUAUCGAAGAACUGGCAUACCUAAGAGAUCAAAAGCAGCAAGAAUGGCUUCAUCGUAAGGUAAAGAAAAUUCAGAUAGAAUAUCCACAUUCAAUAAAUUGGAUGUCUGCAAUGCUGAAGAUGGCCACAAG